GCAACGCAUUGGUCUGCCGGUACCAGUAGGUACUAUAAACCUGGGAUCGCUGGUAGGACUCCUCGUGGGUUAUUCAAACGGUGUCGGACUACGAGUGCGUUCGGAUAACAUCCGGGUUGGUUCUGUUCUGUGUCUGUCCGUAUGUUGAUUUCCUUAAAAUUUGUGCAAAGAAAUCGUCGUUUUUUUUUGGACACUAUUGAAAUACUAUUAUGAAAUUUGGUCACAGUUUAAGAUGCACGGCAUUAUUGAUGAUAAUUUCCCUCUGUCCCACGAUAUUCUUAGUUCGAUCAGAAGAGCAUCACUUCAAUUUCAACGUAACGUCUUAUACGAGAGGCCUCCCAGAUGAUCUCAGGAUUAUAGUGGGGCGCGCUUUGAACAUAGAACGGGCCUCUUUGGGUUUUGUUACGAAAAUCCCUUGUAGCAUAGAGGAAACGGCUACAUGCCCCCCUACGAAAUACCGAAAAGCGACAGGGGAAUGCAACAACGUUCGUCAUCCCCGUUGGGGUACCAGGGGGGCAGCGUUUUUAAGAUUGCUUCCUCCAGAUUAUGCAGACGGAAAAUUUCUUCCUCGAACAUCCUCGACCAACUCUCUGCCAAGCCCCUUGGAGGUUGUAUCUGUUAUCCAAAACCUACCCGCGCAAUCCCACGAAUGGAUUACCGCCCUUCUUGGUGCGUGGAGCGAACUGAUCCUUCACGACCUAGCCAGCACAGGUAAUUUAAAAAGUGAAGAUUGCUGCCGUGGCUCUAAGGACAAUCAUGGCGAGUGUUAUGGAAACUUAGGAAAGGGUCAAUGUAGGCAAUAUCUGAGAACGUUGCCCGCUGCGGAUUCCGACAAUUGCGAUUUUGCGUACCGAAACCAGAUGAAUUUAGCCACAUCGUUCCUGGACGCUUCGGCCGUAUACGGAAACACUGACCAACAACUAGAAAGGUUGCGCACUUACGACGCAGGAUUAGUAAACAUAUCUGUGUGCACUGCGUGUCAAUCCAAUGUGCUGUAUUCUGCCAUCUUAAAGGAGCACAAUAGGGUGGCGGUUGCCUUGGCAGGCAUCAACAGGCACUGGUCAGAUCAUGUGAUAUUUUACGAAAGCAGGAGGAUCGUGACUGCUGAAAUUCAACAUAUUACCUAUAAUGAGUUUCUACCAACCAUACUGGGGCAGGAAUCCAUCGUUAAUUCCGAAUUGGAACUGAAAACACAUGGUAGAUAUUCCAAGUACUCUAGCUCGCGCAGAGCCGGAAUAUACAAUUCCGUUGCAAUGGCCGCCAUGCCUGCUCUCUUGUCGAUGCUCCCUAACAAACUGCUGAACGAAUCUGCGGAUUCUUUUGCUGAAAUGGUAGAUAUCCUCAUUUCGAUGCCAGCGCAAACCCCUAGUCUAGAUAUCAUGGUCCCUCUUCGAUCCGAAUGGGAUACGUCGGCAUUAUUUCUGCACAUGGGUAGAGAUCACGGUGUCCCAGGCUACACCAACUGGUUGCAAUACUGCGGCAACGUUAGUUUUGCAACUAGACCGACUUUCGAAGAUCUCCGGAUGACUUUGAAAACUGAGCACGUGAAAAUCCUCAAAUACUUAUACGCGUCACCCGAAGACAUCGAUCUGAUCGUCGGUGCGUUGCUAGAAAUACCGAUUCCCGGGUCGGUGGUGGGACCAACGCUCAACUGUCUGCUGAAGGAACAAUUUACUCUGCUGAAAGAGUCGGAUAGGUUUUGGUACGAGAACGAUCUACCCCCGAGUUCGUUGUCGAAUAAACAAGUCAAGGAAAUUAAAAAAAUAACCCUAGCAGGCUUACUGUGUGCCAACACAGACGACUUAAAAAGGAUACAGCCCAAAGCUUUCGUUCAGGCCGAUCCUUUCCUAAAUGCUAGGAUUAGCUGCGAUCAGCAUCCACUACCGAACUUAUCCGAGUGGUUGGAAAUGGAUCACUUGACUGACGUAUCAGAAGACUUGUUGAUGGAAGCGUUGGCUAAAGCGGAGCAGGAACUUUUGGAGAGAAGAAAGAUGGAGUACAGAGUUUAUACGGAAUUCGGGGGAGUCGAUCCAAAAUCGCCACAGGGAAUCGCGGCUGCUUUCAGCAAACCAAACGCAAAUGCUCUUAAGUUGGCAAACACUUCCCUUCUUUUUGAAUUUGCGUCGAAUGAAAUAGUAAAUUCUUUGUUGCAUAAAAGACGCAGGCGUCAAGUGUUCGACAGCCAAGAGUUCAUAUCCCUCUUCAGAGACGAUCUCAGCGAAGGUUUGCAAAAUGUCGACGUGAGUUCCGUGAUAACGUCCCAUAUUUUUAAAAACGAGCUGCAAUGCGAAGAUACCGGACCAUGCGACGCAUCAAGCCCUUACAGAACCUAUUCCGGCUACUGCAACAAUUUACGAAAUCCAAAAUACGGCCAAAGCCUGACGACAUUUAACCGCCUGCUGCCCAGCGCGUACGACGAUGGAAUUUCAAAACCUAGAAGGGUUGGCGUUACGGGAAAUAUACUUCCCAACCCCAGGUUAAUUUCGCGGACCAUACAUCCCGACAUUAGCAACCUCCACAAGAGAUAUUCGCUCAUGGUUAUGCAGUACGCUCAAUUCUUGGAUCAUGAUCUAACGCUUACCCCAAUUCAUAAAGGGUUCGAUGAGUCGAUUCCAAGUUGUCGGUCUUGCGACAGCCCCCGCACAGUGCAUCCGGAAUGCGAUCCGAUCCCGAUACCUCCAGGUGAUAAUUACUACCCUCAAUACAAUAUCACAACUGGGAAGCCCAUAUGUUUACCAUUUAUGAGAUCGUUGCCGGGGCAACAACACUUGGGUCCCAGGGAACAAGUUAAUCAGAAUAGCGCCUUCCUGGACGGUUCAACGAUUUACGCAUCGACUACCUGUGCUCUACAAAAGCUAAAAAGUCCGAAUGGAAAGAUGAAUGUUACCAUUCAUCCGACCAGAGGUAAAGACUUGUUACCUAGAGAUAAACACGCGGAGUGCAGAUCAAAAUCAGAGCUGUGCUUCAUUGCUGGAGACGGACGAGCAUCAGAACAGCCAGGUUUGCUAAUGAUCCACACAAUGUAUCUCCGCGAACACAACAGAGUCAUGGAGGGACUACAUCACGUCAACCCUCAUUGGGAUUCCGAAAAGAUAUUCGAGAAUGCCAGGCGUAUCGUAGUAGCCGGCCUACAGCAUGUUACUUAUAACGAGUUUCUGCCUAGAAUACUCGGCUGGAACGCGAUGAAUUUGUACGGUUUAAAACUUCUACCCCAAGGAUACUACAAAGAAUACAACCCUACUUGUAACCCCUCGAUAUUUACCGAGUUUGCUGCGGCCGCCUAUAGAAUAGGGCACUCGUUGCUGAGGCCCCAUAUUCCCCGAUUGGACCACAACUAUCAAAUUGUCGAUCCGCCGCUGUUGUUACGGGACUUUUUCUUCAAUACUGACUAUAUGAUGGAGGAGGGACUGAUAGACGAGAUGGCAAGAGGUCUGGUAUCAACCCCGAUGGAAACCUUGGACCAAUUCAUAACUGGUGAAGUUACCAAUCAUCUCUUUGAAGACAAGAAAAUUCCGUUUUCCGGUGUUGAUCUGAUCGCCCUUAAUAUCAAAAGAGCGCGAGAUCAUGGGAUACCGUCGUACAACAACUAUCGAGCUCUCUGUAAUUUAAAACGGGCCACCACAUUCGAAGACCUGUCGCGAGAAAUACCCAUCGAGGUUAUUCAGAGAUUAAAGGCCAUCUAUCAAACGGUGGACGAUAUCGACUUGUUCCCCGGUGGAAUGAGCGAACGUCCCUUGCAGGGUGGUAUAGUCGGACCCACCUUCGGAUGUAUUAUCGCCAUACAGUUUAGGCAGCUGAGGAAAUGUGAUCGGUUCUGGUACGAAAACGAAGAUCCAGUGGUACGGUUCACGGAAGCCCAGCUGGCGGAAAUCAGGAAAGCGACUUUGGCCAAAGUGCUGUGCGAGAACACUGACCUCCACAGCGAUAUGCAGAGGUCCGUGUUUGAUUUACCAUCGAAUUUCUUGAACCCACGGGUACCGUGCCGCUCUUUACCGACCAUCGAUUUUGGUGCUUGGAGGGAAGGAGUAGGCCAGACUUGCAUAAUAGGAGGCAGAGCAGUGCAAGUUGGAGAGUCUGCUUUUCCGAGUCCGUGCACGAGCUGCAUUUGCACUGCCGAAGGGGGGAACUGUGCUUCGUUGAAAGUAACAGAUUGUUCGCAAUUGCUGCGGGAGUGGUCAAAAGAAAGAAUUCUGAGCGACGAAGUAUGCACAGCGCAAUGCGGGUUUCUCUUAAGGGGCGGCAGACAGCAGACGAGCACGUUCGGUUUGGUUCCUCCACCAAUCCGAAGUGCGAGGCCGAAAACGCUUAGCAGACCGCCUAGAUUCCAAGGCUCUAGGUCGGUUGAUGUGUUUGGAGGGUUCAAAUUCCCGGACCUAUCACCGUUCAUUUCAAAGUGAAGAAAGCAACGAAAGAAGCUUUAAAUCGCAUUGCAUUCAAGGUUAUUAAUGUGCCAUUUGGUCGACGCUGCCCAUAUUUCUACUGUGCGGCACAGAAACAAAUUAUAUAGGUGACAACGUCAUGGAAAUGAAUACCAGAAAAAACAUGUUACGAAGUUCACCGUGUACAAAUUAUUGGUAUCGAAUAGCUGAGUUAAAUUAGUUAAUAUCUAGUCUAUAGUAUUCUGUUGACUAUUAUCUAAGGAAAAUUGAAAGAAAUUUUGCAUUGUAUAAACUUACUUAGGGAUCUCUUAGAUAUCUUAUGUCAUUUUCGUAGAUAAAUCCUGUAUCUAUAUAAUUUCAGCUCAUUUAGAUGGAUGUAGUCCUUAUUUAACAUACAUCGCCAUUUUGUUUCAUUUCUCUCCUUCAUAUUAUUAUUACUUCUCAUUAUUUAUAAUCUCAAAUUAGUCUGUCGCGUAGAUAUUUAAUUUGUAUAGUCUGUAUAUUAUCAAAACAA